GGGCUGACCUGGAGUCUGAUCCAGUCGCGUUAACGCACAGACCGGACAGUCCGCUUUCCACGCACGGAUAACGAGCCUGAGAGCGCGUGUCGUGGAUACAGAGAGGAGAGAGUGGAGGAAGAGAGGAGGAAGAAAAAGAGGGAAAAGUGAAAGGACAACAAGGAGAAGAGACGCACAAGUGUUUUCCCAACUGGAAACAGAGAGAAGAAGAAAGUGUGUGAGUGUGUGUGAGAGAGGAAGAGACAGGAGGAGAGAGUGUGUGUGCGCCUUCACCUCUCUCCACUUCUUCCACCACCACCACCACCACCACCGCCUCCUCCAUGUCGCUCCCCGGCUCCCCUCCGCUCCUCACGCCGGGUUCGGGCACCCCAACUCCGGUCGCGCUCUACCGCUCGGCCCCGGACGCGCUCCACACCUCCGCCGCCUCCACCGGCACCUCGAGCCCGCUCACCAACUCCAACUCGCACUCUCACUCCCACUCCCUGUCCCCGUCCCCGCGGCUCACCAGCAGCAUGCUCAGCGCUUUCCUGCCCGGACCAGGGGGCGCGUUGGCCGGCUUGGGCAACGGCGGCGCCGCCCCGCUCGUGUCCGGUGGCGGUGCUGCUCUCGGUCCCCUCAGCGGGCUCGGCUCGCUCAGCACGGCCGGCCUGACCCCGGGCUCCCCCGGCUUAGCGCAGACCUCUUCCAGCCCGGGUCUGUGCAGCGAGUGCAAGCUGGUGGAGGUGCACGGCGUGAAGGUGGCCAGCUUCAGCGUGGACGGCCAGGAGCUCAUCUGCCUCCCGCAGGUGUUCGACCUCUUCCUGAAGCACCUGGUGGGCGGGCUGCACACCGUCUACACCAAGCUCAAGAGGCUGGACAUCACGCCGGUGGUGUGCACCGUGGAGCAGGUGCGCGUCCUGCGGGGGCUCGGCGCCAUCCAGCCCGGCGUGAACCGCUGCAAGCUCAUCUCCAGGAAGGACUUCGAGACGCUGUACCAGGACUGCACCAGCGCCAGCUCUCGUCCGGGCCGUCCUCCGAAGCGUUGUUCUGGUGCAGGGAUCCAGGAAAGCCCCAGGCUGCUGCACCCGGGCCUCCCCGGCCUGCUGUCCCCCAACCUGCUGUCCCACACCGGCCUGACAGCAGCUGCCAUGGCCGAACUGCAGAAGCUUCAAAAGAUGAAGAUGAUGAUGAGUCUCCAGAACGGCAACGAGUCGGACAACGACGACUUACACUCCAACACAGGAGGGAGUGAGUGCUCCUGGGAUAAGGAGCGUCUCACCAGCCCCCCUGCCGGAGCCCACGGUGGAGGACCGGGAGGAGGCGGAGGAGUACCGGUGGGAGGGGCAGGAGGAGCUGGAGGAGGAGGAGGAGCAGCGGCAGCAGCAGGUGGAGGUGGCGGGAGGGGGCCGGCCAUGGGAGCGGUCAAUCAACAGCAACUCCAACAGCAGCAACAGCUACUGGCUAACAGGUUGGACCUGCCCUUCAUGAUGAUGCCCCACCCUCUGCUGCCCAUGGGGUUGCCUCCUGCGUCUGUCGCCAUGGCGAUGUCCCAGAUGAACCACCUCAGCACUAUCGCGAACAUGGCCGCUGCAGCCCAGCAGAUACACACUCAUGUACACCGCGCACCUGUCAUCAAGGAGAGAGUGUGUGACAGUCCCUCUCUCUCUCCGUCUGUGGAUGAGACCAACACUCCUCUGCAGUCGCAGCCCAGCAGCUCUGCCUCCAGCUCGCCUGAAAGACUGGGAUUGGUGUCAGCUGAUGCAGAUGUUGCGCUGACCAACCCUGCUGCACCCAACAAGAAAAUAACAAAGGACAAAGAGGAGUCUUCGCUGGGACAAGCCCUGCCCCCCGGCUUCCCCGCUCCGUUCCUAUUCGCCGAUGGUUUGUCGUCAGUGGAGACCCUGCUCACCAACAUACAGGGUCUGCUGAAGGUGGCGGUGGAGAACGCCCGGGCGCAGGACAAACAGAUCCAGGCGGAGAAGAGGGAGCUGAAGAUGGAGCUCUACAGAGAAAGAGAGAUGAGGGAGAGUCUGGAGCGACAGCUGACCUCCGAACUGCAGAGCAGAGCCUCCAUCCAGAAGCGUCUGAAGAAGGAGAAGAAGGCGAAGAGGAAGCUGCAGGAGGCGCUGGAGUUCGAGUCCAAGAGGCGGGAGAGAGUGGAGGACGCUCUGAAACACUCGUCCUCGUCCUCCCCCUCCCCUGAGCCGCUGCACGCCGCCAACAACAACUCCAACAACGCCAAGAACGACGCUGCUGUAGCCGAGGAUAAACCUGAACUUAAUGGAAACCAGCAAGACAACGGCGCUGUACAAGAAUCCCGGCCGUUUCUGAAGACCCCCAUGAUGUUUUAGAGCACGGGACUCCGCCUCCAGAAAUCCCGCCCCCUUCCCACCCCAGCCCCCUGCACAGAAGAACUCCACCAGCCCGUUUCCACAGCAACCACGGCUUCCACAGCAGCCUGGAUCUCCACGGCGGCCUGGGUCACCACGGCGACGAUCUCCCCAGGCGGGAUUCUAUCUUUGCUACAAUGCGACCUUUUUCGACGUUGCUAAGAAACAAUGAGACUACUAAGAGACACGCCCCUCAUUUGGACUUAUUUUGGGGCCGUCUCUCUACCUUUUUCUUCUCUUUCUUCUUCUUCUUCUUUUUAGACAAACUUCACUCCAUUCAUUCCUCUUUUUCUCUCCCCGCACGGGGACUUCUCUCUCAUCCCGCGUUCGUUUCAAAAACUGAAAAGUAAAAAUCGUUACCGAGCGACGGUAAAGGGAAAAAGUCACCACGAGGCAAACGGACCGGACUGAUCAACGCGCUCUCAGAAUCGCCGCAAAUCAACUUGGUUCGGACAUUGUGUGGGGAAAACGAACACCAGAGAUCGAUUUGAUCGGACAGCUGAGACUCUUUAAACAGUCCCGUGACGUGAUGUGAUUGGCGGGACCAAACAAGUCUGUUUCUGAUUGGUGCUGACGAGACAGGAACGGUUUCAAGGAAGGACUCAACGUUCCUAUUUCUGUUUCUUUAAAGAAAAGAAAAGUUUUGCCCUGGAUUUAACGCAACUUCAGCCCACGUCAUUGGCUGGCCGGUCGACCCCCUCUGAUUGGACGGUAAUCGGUUACUCGGAGGCGCUCGGGACGAAGGAGGAAAGAAGGGGGUUUACAAAAGAAAAAAGAAGUGUAAAAAUAUUUGGAAGGAAAAAAAACAGAGGAAAACAACUUGGGAAGCUAUUUCUGUCUCUCAUGUUUCAUUCAUUUUUGUUUUCCGUACAGGGACUGAAAAGAAUGCAUGGGAAAACUUUUCUUAUGUUGUCAUUUGGUUUAUUUUAUCCUCCGUACACUCCUUACUUCCAACUCUCGUUAUCAUUUCCCUCUCUUCUAAUCUCUUUUCUACUUUGUUCCUCGCCCUCUUUUCUGUCUAUUCUGUAUAAAUCGGCUCCUCUUCCUCUUUUAUCUUCUCACUUUUUUUGCCUGAUUCCUCUCCUUCUCCUUUCUUCUUCUACAUCUGUUUUCCUUUACUUUCUCUCUCUCUCUCUCUCUCUCUCUCUCUCUCUCUCUAAGGAGGCAUUACUCUGAAAAUGUUGGAUGCAGCUUUUCAAUGUAUGAAGUAUUUUCUAUCAC